AUGGAAUCGGAACUAAAGGGACGCACUGCACUUGUGACGGGUGCCUCGAUGGGCAUUGGAGAGGCCAUUGCGCUUGCCUUGGCAGAGAUGGGCAUGAAUGUUGCGCUUCUUGCCAGGAGUAAAGACAAGUUGGAAGCCGUUAAAGCAAAGAUCACGGAGAAAUAUCCUGCUGUUCAAGCGCGCAUAUACCCGAUUGAUAUUCAAAACCACAACCAGAUCGAUGAGACCGUGAAGAGCGUCAUCUCUGAGCUAGGCGACAUUGAGGUUUUGGUUAACAACGCCGGUCUUGCACUUGGUGCACCAUCUCGAUUCUGGGAGUUGCCAAUUGAGCUGAUCGAUCAAAUGAACGGCACGAAUAUCGCAGGCGUUAUGUAUACGACCCACUCUGUGCUGAAUCGGAGUAUGUGGCCGAAAAAGCGAGGCACGAUCAUCAAUGUAUCGUCAGUGACGGGGCUCGAAUGUCCGCCCUUCAAUGGCGAGGCUGUUUACCAUGCAAACAAGGCAUGCCUGGAGGGUUUCACGAAUGCCCUGCGGAGCGAGACUGCUGGGUCCGAUAUCCGGGUUCUAGCCCUGCGGCCAGGCUGCGUCGUUAGCCAUUUUCAUCUGCAGCGGGUCAAGUAUGACAAGGAAGCCAUGGACGAGUUCUUCUAUGGCUAUGAGCCGUUGGUGGCAGAGGAUCUUGCCGAGUCGGUCAAGUUCAUGCUUAGCCGAACUGGAAGAGUGUCGAUCAAAGCGCUCGACUGCGUUCCCACCGCGCAGAGAUCUCUUACGCGGAUUGACAGGGAGUGGAAUGCACGACGAGCUAAUUGA